UCGGUGCGGGCGCCAGCCGCCAGUAGAACCACCAGACCGCCCGCAUCGGACCGUCCCGCGUGAGUCGCUACCAGCGCCGCCGUGUGCCGAUCAGUGUCGGUGGGAUAGACCAGUGCAGAACACAUCCAGCAGACAGCAGCGUCAGCCAUGACCUGCGGCGAGAGCUCCAGCUGCCAGGAGGUGAAGCGGUCACAGUCGUGCCGCAGCCCGGCCUCCUCGAUCGCCAGCCGGAGGAAGAUCUCGCUGGUGCACUUCAGCCCGGUGCCGCAGACGGAGGUGGACCGCGACUGCCUCCAGUUUGACGAGCCCGCCGAGCGGCUGAGAAACUUUGUGUCCACCAAACGGGGAAGGAUUGUCAAUCGCGGCGACAGCUUCCGCCGAGAGCGCCGCAAGUCCAGUCUCAAGAAGGAGGAGCUGGUGAACGCCAUCGCUGCCGAGCAGAGGCGCGAUGACGAGUCAAACCUGCUGACCCGCUCGGUGACAAUGCCGGCCAUGCCGGACCCGCUGCGGCCCGCUGCUGACGAGGAGAGGCGCGUCCUCCUGCUGGGAGCUGUCGGAGUCGGCAAGACGGCUCUGGGCCGCCAGUUCCUCACCUCCGAGUACACCAUGGCCUACGAGCAGACAGUUGACUAUGACCAGACUCCGAGCCAAGUAAAUGUGUGUCUGGACGGCGUCGAGACGGAACUCACCGUCGAGAAGAGGACCAGCUCAAUUCUGGAGAUGCCCGACGAGGCGGCCAUCCGUACUCACGACGCCAUCAUCGUCGUGUACAGCGUGACGGACGCCGGCUCGUUCGGCGCCGCGCGCGGCCUCUGCCUCCGCAUCUCGGAGAUGUCCGCGCGCCGGCCCGUCAUCGUGGUGGCCAACAAGUGCGACCUGGUCCGCCUGCGCAAAGUCUCCUCCAAAGAGGGUCGAUCGCUGGCCGUUCAGUACGGCUACAAGUACAUCGAAACCUCGGUGGUCAUCAACUCAAACAUCGACGAGCUGCUGGCCGGGAUCGUGGCGCAGAUCCGCUUCUACCGUCAGUUCGAGGAGCUCGACGGUGCGGAGGACCGCGCCAAGCUGGAGCGGCUGCGCCAGAGACGCGAGAAGAGGAUCAAGUCGCGCACCCUGCCCUCCACCAUCGUCAAGGAGAUCUUCCACAAGGUGAUCGGCCAGAAGGCGGCCGAGUCGCGCUCCUGUCAGAACCUGCUCAUUGUUUGAAACUCGCCGUGUUGGAGUGCCGCUCAGCUGCUGUUAUCAUGUGCUUCUCAUCGCCAGUUGAACUCAUUGAGUCAUACGGACAUACGAACAAUUGGUGUUGCGGAACAAUGUCUACGAAAUCGUCGCAUGCUCAUGAUAUUGUGUAGAGUAUUUUGACUGUGUAUGUAUUUAUGACAGUAGGUUAUAUAUAGUGUUUUACAUGCCCUGUCUUUAUUUAUUUAUUCAUAUAAGGUCAGAUUUCGUACGUCGUUUACUUGUUCGGCAACUGAGUUGUGUCGUACGACGUUUCUUUUGUGUAACUUGACAUCCACCAUAAGUUUUUGAUGAUAGGUUACUUAUCGUUGUGUUUUGAAUCAUGCUGUUUUUGUUUGUGCCCCUGCGUGCGAUCAUAUAAGUUAUUUGUCUCCACGCUUGCUUACCUGGGUGGUAAUAUAUCAGUACGGAUGAC